AUGAUAAUAAUAAUAAUGGAAAAACUCCAGGAAUCCAAUACAUCCUAUCGUGUUGAUUCAAGUAAAAAAGAUCCAUCCGGUGCUGAUGACUACAAGUUUGUUAAGUUUAAAUGCACUUUUGGAAGUCAUCGUGCUCCCCGAGGUGCUGGCUUUAGGAACAGAGGGUUCAAAAGUACAUCAUGUCAGUCAAUAAUUCUAGUCCAGCGGAAAUCCAACGUAUACAUGAUAACCAAGUACAAAACUGUGCAUAACCAUCCCUGCACAGCAAGUUUUAUGUCCACCGAUGUAUCUAGACGUCGGUUAUCAUCACAAGAAAUGGCAAUUAUCCAACCGUUCAUUGAAAGGAAUACUGAUGUCCAUGA